UAGUUGUUGUAAUAAUAAUAGGUAGAAAAUGAAAUUAUUGUAUAUUACACAUUAUGUAAAAGUAUUAUUAAAUGGAUAAAAAUAAAUAAAUAACAGUAGUGAUUUUAGUUGUAUUAUUAGUUUUAAUAAAAAAUGAUAAUAAAAAUAUAAUUUAAAGAAAUAUUAGUAGUAGCAGUACUUAUUUUAGUUGAAUUAGUUAAUUAAUAAUAAAAAAUAUUUUUUAUCUAAAUUAUUAUUAUUUUUGUUAUUAUUAUAAGAAAAGAAUAAUUAAAUAAACAACUACUAGUGGUGAUUUUAGUUGUAUUGUUAGUUGUAUUAUCUAUUAUAUAUUACACGUUAUAUAAAAAUAUUGUUACAUUUAUAAAUGAUUAUCAUUACUACAAUAUAAAUUAAAUAAAUAAGUAUUAUUAAUAGAAGUGGUGGGAAAUUUAGUUGUAUUGUUAGUUUUGUAACUGUAGUAGUAGUAAUAAUAAUAAGGAGAAGAAUAAAACAAUUAUUAGUUAUUUUAAUUGCACUGAUAAAAAUUUAAUUGUCAUUAUACACUACAUGUAUUAUAAUAAUUGUUUUAAAGAUAUUAAAUAAAUAACUAUUAUUAGUAGAAAAAGUGAUUAUUUUUAUUAUUAUUAUUAUUAACACCAGUAGUAGAAAUAGUUGUCUAGUAGUACCUGCAUUUUUUAUUUUUUUUUUUUUUAUUUACAAGGUAUUCCUUUCCAGAAUAGAGAUCCCUCCUCCAAGAUGCAGUUAAGUUCCUCCUAUUUUCAUCCAGCUAAAAACUGGUUGUUCAAACACUUUUGUCCCACUGUAUGCACAGCUGCCAAAGACUCAUCUUUGUUUCCAGAUGCUAGACAAACACAGCAUUUGGAUUUGUUAAAACGCCUAGUUGACUACCUUUACCAAAGUAUAAAGGGAAGUUUUAUCAUGGAGAACAGCUUAAGCCAAGAAGCAGAAGAAAACCCCUAUCUGUGUUUUCAGAGAACACCAUCUCUCAGACGCAAAUGGAGAAAACGCUACGGAGGCCUGGAUGGUAACAAACUGCUGGAGCCAAAUAAGGAGGAUGACACAAGAGAGAAUGGAGAGACGACAGAUGCCCUCGCCAACAGGAACGCAGACCCAGUGAAGUUUACUGCGUCUAAGGAAACAAAAGCUGCAGGGAACAUUCCACAACCCGUGCCAAGAAAUACUUUUCCAUCCCAGAGGCCAGUCAAUUACGUCUCUCCGGGCUCUACAGGCAUGCCAUCUUUCAUAAGCAAUGGAGGAACAAAACGGACAGUACCAGAGCAGGACAAACGUCAUGCCAGCCAAGCCAGCCAAGCAUGGCAACACUUGGGCCGACCAGAGACUCAUCAAGGUCACUUUAAGAAAAAAGUGGCUGCUGAUGUGCUCUUUGAUAGUUUUGCCUCAGGGGGAAGAGUCAGCUGCAAUCAGUUUUUUGAGGCCCUGUGGAGCUCAGGAAUCAUCCGAACAGACCCACGGAUUAAAGACUGCUACAGCCUGAUGCGGAAAUUACAGGAAGCAGACGGAACCGUUGACAGGAGCACUUUUCACAGGUGCGUGACUGGCUUUGUGUCUUUCAUCCUGAAGGCAUUGCAGGGACGAUUUGUCAUUCCAGAUUUCUCUACUUUCACAGAGGAAACACAAAAGCUGUUUAUUAAAUGCAAACAACUCUCCUCUGUGAAGGAGAAAGAAGACGUGGGAGAGAGCGCCACAAAAUGGGGCAUUUCAGUUUGUACCGUAGAUGGACAGAGACUUUCCUUAGGAGACUGGGCUGAACCUUGCAUUCUGGGAGAGAUUUCCUGGCCGCUCAUAUACGGUCUCGCAGUGGACCAGCAAGGAUCCGACUACGUGCACAGAUUUGUAGGGAUGGAAGAAUAUUCCAAAUACGAGUCUCUGUUUAGCCUGACCAAGCAAGGUGUGCCUCACAGUCCGCUGGUUGAGACAGGAGCCAUUAUCUGCACUUCUUUAUUACAGCUGGCCUCCAGACCAGUCACCGAUGAAGAAGAAAAGUAUGAAUCUGUUUUGAACAUCAUCAGAAGACUGUGCAACAAAGAGCAUGCAAACCUCAACUGCACCAGUUAUCAAAACCUCCGAAAAGACAUCAUCCAUCUCCACGCCCUUUCAUUUUACUUACAAGAGAAGAAAUGCUUUCCAGAAGGUGUGGGGAUCAAUUCCACGCUGGAUUUGCUGUUACAGUGUUUAUCCACAGAAGUCACCUGCGAGUCUGGUGCGGCAUUGGCCGCAACCCUAGCUAAUGGGGGGCUGUGCCCCCUGUCAGGUGACCAAGUGAUUUCACCCCAAGCUGUCCGCAGCAUGCUUUCCAUGAUGCAGGUGGCUGGAAUGAAUGAUCAUUCCAGAAUAUUUCAUUUCAAGACAUCAGUGCCUGCCAAGUCCAGUCAGUCUGGUGUCGUGCUGAUCAUGGUUCCUGGAGUUCUGGGACUCAUGUGCUGGUCUCCGGGACUGGACUGCAAUGGCAAUUCAUGGAGAGGUGUCCAUUUUUGUGAGGAGUUGGUUUCAACCUUCCAGCUGCACAGUUUUGACAUCAGGACUCCAUUCAGACAGGUGCUGUGUUACAGACAGUGGAAAGUGGAGUCAGAGGGAUACCAAAUUAUGAAUGUACUUUUGGCUGCUUACAGAGGGGACAUAGUGUCUCUGCGCAGGUACCUUCUGUCAGGAGCAGAUGUGAAUGCUGUGGAUUAUGAUGGACGGUCAGCGCUGCACGUCGCAGCCUCUGAGGGCCGUCUGGAUGUCAUCAAGUUCCUGGUGGAGAACGCAGGGGCAAACUGCACUCUCAAGGACAGGUGGGGAAACACAGCCUUACAGGAAGCCUUGAGAUGCAAUCAAGACUCUGCCAUCAAGUUUCUGAAGAAGUACACAAAUUAUGAAGAGAGUUUAUGAUUAAAUACUAAUAACUUAUUUGAUAUUUACAUUCAACAUAAACAUAGAUUUGGAUUAUAUUUAGAAUGGAGAGGAGGCUGACUUGGAUGGAAAACAUUAGUUGUAUUCUGCUGGCAGCCGUCCCAGACCAACCACUUACUGUGUAUUAAGAAAUACUGAUAGAGACUGAAACCUUGUUUUCUCAAUAAAUGCCUUAACAGCUUGUGUUUACUGAUUCAACACUUAAACAUUAUGAAUGAGCCUGUACAAAUCCAAUGUCAUUUUAUUUUUGCUGUAGUUGUUGGGUAAACAACUGAAUGUACAAUACUUGAAUUGUGCUUUCAGGACAAGGGGAUUUUCAUAAAUGUCAGAGCAGGGCAAGUUGUCACAUGUUUUAUCGAUGUUAAAAAAAAAACAGCUGUGCUGGUUUAUUUUUCAGGAUUCUUUAAAAAUUAGAAAGGGCAAAAGAACAGUAUUUGUUUUAAAUAGAAAAUGUGAUCCUGGACCACAAAACCAGUCAUAUGGGUAUAUUUGUAGCAAUAGCCAAAAAUACAUGAUAUGGGUCAAAAUUAACGAUUUUUCUUUUAUGCCAAAAAUCAUUAGGAUAUUAAGUAAAGCUCAUGUUCCAUGAAAAUGAUUUGUAAACUUCCUACCGUAAAUAUAUCAAAACUUAGUUUUCAUUUGAACAACUUUAAAGGUGAUUUUCUUAAAGAUAUUAUGUCAGGAUUUUCAAAAUACUGUCCUAUCCUAACAAACCAUACAUCAAUGGAAAGCUUAUUUGUUCAGCUUUCAGCUUAUGUAUAAAUCUCAAUUUUAAAAAAUGGACCCUUAUGACUGGUUUUGUAACAUUAUAAACAUCUUUACUGUCAUUUAAUGCAUUUUUUGCUGAUGGCUGCUGAAGUUUCUGCUUUGCCGCCAAUAUAUAUAAACUAUAUAUAUACAAAAAUAUAUUUUAAAUGUAUUAAACAAAUACAGCCUUGGUGAACAUAAGA